AUGGCGGCGUCAGGUACGAAAAAACACAAUCCGAAUCACAUAAAGAGACCCAUGAACGCUUUCAUGGUAUGGUCACAAAUCGAAAGACGUAAAAUAUGCGAAGUUCAACCGGAUAUGCACAAUGCGGAAAUAUCUAAACGUUUGGGAAAACGUUGGAAAAAUUUAACGGAUGACGAAAGGCAACCGUUUAUAGAUGAAGCAGAAAAACUUCGGAUAUUGCACAUGCAAGAAUAUCCGGAUUAUAAAUAUCGUCCGAGGAAAAAAGUUGUUAAACCGGCAUCGAAAACAACUCCAUCGACAACGUCAAAGAAACAAAAGAAAUUUUCACAGAGUCAGAGUAAUUUGAAUCACGAUUCGAAUAACAAUAACAGUUUAGCUCACAAAGGCAACAGUUUGAAAGACAAAGCUUUGAGUCAGAGACAAAGGACUCUGGCCAUUCACCGUCAGUCUUCUUCGUCGACCUCUAAGACCUCGUCGUCGUCGUCGGGGGGUUGCAGUAGUAGGAACUCUGCCGAAAGAUCCUCACAUUGCACUUCUCCUACGACACCCGCUACGAAUUCACCAUCGACUCCUGCCAGGCACGUUCCCUCCAUUCUCUCUAGACCGCAGCUCACUCUUCCGGUGACGUCGACUUGUUUGCAACAAUUACCGGGUACGGAACCUCCGACCCUCGCGUCGACGCAAAGCCGACUCAAAUCGAGGUUAGAAAUGGACAAAGCAAAGGAAAACACGGUCUCAAGUACCAGAUACGUUUCGCCACCUCCGCAGCAACGGUACUCCUUGCCUAUGCCUUCUCCAGCAAGCGCCAAAGUGCCCUCCAGCCCUUCGUGUGAAAUACCGGGCUCACCCGAAAGUGCCACGUUUUACGACGACACAUCCAUUUUGUUGGACGCCAAAUUGACAUCUUUAAAUUCACCAAGCUCAGUUUCCAGUACGGUUUCAUUCACUCUCGUUGCCACAAGUCCGCUUAAACCAGGAACGAUUCGAAUUUUACCAUUCAAACCCGAACCCAUGGAUGUGACGGCGGACGACGUAGGAAGGAUAGACAUAAAGGAAGAAUUAGUCAUAAAGGAAGAGCCGAUCGAGUUGGUUAACGACUCGAUAUCUGUAAAUAAAGUUGGCGACAAUUACGAUCUUGCCGACCUCGACUGCCUCACUGAUCUCAUUCAGAUUCCAGCCGAUUUAAAGGUCGAAUUGGACACACUCACCUCGGAUCUGGAUCCAACAUUUGAUUCUGCCAGUUCAAGCUCGGGAUCUCAUUUUGAAUUUUCCUGUGAUUCAGACGUAUCCGACGUGCUCAAGGGUCUCGGGUUCAACACCACCGAAUGGGUCGAUUACACCAGUUUUCCAUCUUCCGUUAAUUGCUGA